AUGGUUCAGAGACUCACAUACCGAAGGAGGCAUAGCUAUGCCACCAAAUCCAACCAACAUCGAGUUGUGAAGACUCCUGGUGGAAAGUUGGUUUAUCAGACAACUAAGAAGAGAGCGAGUGGACCUAAGUGUCCGGUGACCGGAAAGAGAAUCCAAGGGAUUCCACAUUUGAGACCCACUGAAUAUAAAAGGUCUAGAUUGUCCCGCAACCGCCGAACAGUUAACAGAGCAUAUGGAGGUGUUUUAUCUGGAGGAGCUGUUAGGGAAAGGAUUAUUCGUGCUUUCCUUGUUGAGGAGCAAAAAAUUGUUAAGAAAGUUUUGAAGAUACAGAAGACAAAAGAAAAGCAAGCAGCAAAGAAUUAA